AGUGUCUGCAGAGCUUGCUGCAAGCUCUAGUUUCGUUUCUGCCUUUCUGCUCUACUGCAGUUCCUGGAAUCUCCACAAAUCUGAAGCCACCACCUUAUGUUCUGAUCUGCACACAUCUGAGUUCCAAAUAAGCGAUCACAACCUGCUGCUCACUUAAGGCCACCCGGCUUCAGAGCUGGUGUCUCCUGAUGGCAGAGGAAAGACCAGAACAACAAGGUAACAAUGGGGACGUAACAGAAGAGGUUCCCAGGAAGAGGAAAAAGAUGCCUCCUCUUCUGAAGGAGUAUAAAAGAGAGAAAGAGAACCUGAAGACAAGACUGGCUGACUUCUGCAUGAAGCUAUCAGAAUUUCUCUCUCUGCAUAGCAUGCCUGGGAGAACAGACGGGUUUGAAUAUAUCAAGAACCGCUUUGCAGGCUUCAAGACAGAUAUUUCUCUGAAUCCCAUUUACAUUGGUCUCUUUGGGAGCACUGGGGCUGGGAAAAGCACAUUACUGAAUGCUAUUAUAGAGAAAAAAUUCUUCUUGCCGGUGUCUGGGAGCAAAACCUGUACAUCUUGUGUGGUGCAGGUCAACACAAGCCGCAGCAGAAAAUAUGAAGCAAAAAUUUACCUUCUGGAUGAUGAGGAGUGGAAGGAUGAACUGAAGAAUCUGGUGACACUUAUAGAACCGGAUGAAGACAGCGAAAAAGUUGAUGAAAGUGAUGAGAAUGUUUUGAAGAUCUGUUCAGUCUAUGGGAAAGGAGCUGAAACUAAGACUUACGAAGAACUGUGUGCGAUGAAACCCAUCAUCGAUAUUCCCUCUUCAAGGUGUAUCAGCUUCAAAGAAACGCAAGCAGAAGAGCUUUCUAAAAAAUUGGAACCAUAUAUUCGGGCUCAAAACAUUAAUGAUGACAUGGAACCAGAAAUAAGCAAAAAAGACAAAAAGACGCAAUUUUGGCCGUUAAUCAAAAAUGUGGAAGUGAUUCUCCCAAGGUCAGAAGUGAUUCCAGAAGAUGUCAUCUUUGUGGAUAUUCCGGGGACAGGCGAUUUCAAUAGCAAAAGGGACGCGAUGUGGAAAGAGAACAUCAACAAAUGCUCUGUCAUCUGGGUAGUUGGCGCUUUUGAACGUAUUCAAGGAGACAAAACCCAUGAGAAUAUACUGACUGAAGGCAUGAAGGCUUUCCAGUGUGGGAUGUGCAGGGACAUCGCUUUGGUGGCCACAAAGUCUGAUAGCCUGGACCUAGAGGAAUACAAGAGGGAAAGAAAAACAAAUACACCAAUAACAAAUGAACAUGAUGCCAUCCUAGAAAGGAAUGAGGCCGUGAAGCAGCACAAGAGCAAUAUGAUGAAGACUAAUCUACAGAAAAAACUUCCCAGCAACUCCAAAAUUCUGCAGAAGGCGGAUCUUGUGUACACAGUCAGCGCCCGGGAAUACUGGCAGGGGAAGAAGCUCAGCAAGGAGGAAACAGAGAUCCCAAAGCUGAGAGAAUACAUCCAGAAGUUUUAUAUAUCAGAGAAGAGGAAGGUGCUAUUGGAUUAUGUACAAGAGACUUUGGUCAUUUUUAAACUGAUUCAGAAUCUCCGCUUCAACCAAGAUAAACAGCAUUUGCAUGUGAAAAAAACUGUCUUGAAAGACUUCAUUAUGGGGAAGAUCUGUGAGCUGGAGAAAGACAUUGACAAGUGUUUUGCACCUAUGGAACAGCCGCUCAAUGAAGGUGUAACUGAAGCAAAAAGAUCAUAUGGGAAAAUUUUGCACAAGUUCCUUAAUCGAGACCGUGGGUACCAAGGCUAUCACAGGACACUGAAAGCCGUGUGCCUGAAGAAAGGUGUAUUUGCUUCCCGGAUCUUUGACCGGAUAGACAUCAAUGAAUCUCUGGCUCAGCCCAUCUAUGAAAAAAUUGACAAGAAUUUUGGAGAAAUAUUCAGGAUCCAAAUAAGUGCCGACGCCAUGCUGAAAACCAGCCUGAUUGCUUUCAAAUGUGCAGUGCAGCAGAAGCUGAAGGAAACUGAGACAGAGCAGUCGACGGCUGACACCUGCAGGCUCAAGUUCUUUGAGCAGGAGCUGGACUUCAUCAUCAGUGAGACUGAAAAACUCAUCCUCCAACGGAAAGCAGGUGUUUAUCACUCCCUCUCAGUGUCCAUUCAAAAGGACCUUCUGCUAUGUUAUGAAGAGGCUGCUAAGAUAAGAGGAUCACAAGCCUAUCAAAAGAUGCAAAAUGUCAUUAACCAGGGUCUAAAAAAUGAGGUGGAAAAGGGAAUGUUUGAAAAAGCAAAGGAGGAAAUGAAAAGCCAGCUCCAGAAACUGAAGGUGGAGAUCACCACAAAGCUGAAGAAGGACUUUUCUGACGUGCUCAGCCUCGCCUUCUGUCCAUGGGACGAGCUGGAUGGGAAGCUACCAGACGUAGACCAGGAAUUAUUCUUCUUCAGCGUGAUACAUGAGGAGCUGCAGGCAGCUGAAGAUGCUUAGAGUGCUGUGGGGCUUGCCUUGAAUUCAUGGGUUUCCCUGCUUGUCUUGGUGCCUUUCUUUUUUUCCUCUAUGUGUUCCUAAUGAAACAUUCCUCUUAAAAAUGCUUUUUUAAAGUGAGCUAUUUCAUAUGCAUUUUAUGACUUUUUUUUUAAUCAGGAACAUUCCUUACGCAUCAAAUUUGCCUUCAUUGUUGCAUAUAUAAAAUGUAGAUCCCUCCUUAGACACUUGCUUUGCCCAGCAGCUGCCCCAGGAGCCUCUCGUCUCUAGUCACCUCCUGCACAAACCCACACAUGCAAAUGGGGCUCCAGCAUCCCGAGACACCAUGGUAUCUCCAGGAGCUGGCUUGGGCCUCCUGGUCCAAGACUUCCUCAUGCAGGAAAAUAGUUAGAAGUGGAUUGUAAUGAGAAGACAGGAGUGGCAAUGCUGAUCAGGCUCAGGGCAUCCCCAGACAAGUGUACCAACCAGCAACUGUUUAUACUCAACCAGCCCCUUUUAUCCACCAUCCUGCUCUUUUCCUGUGCUUGUUCCUCCUCCAAACCACCUUGGUCUCUCUCUUUCCCCACCUUUGAUUCCUCCCCUAAACAUCCCACAGCAAAUCUUGUGCAAUCCCAAAAUGCUCUUCCCUUGCGUCCACCGUGUGUCCCAGAUGCCCCAGGGAGGAGGUGAGCUGGGGGCUCCAUGUCUCCGAUGGGUGAUUGGACCUCCUCCUUUGCUGCCCUGCCUCUGUGCCCCUUCGUGUGUGGGGGGACAAGCCUUUUAUCACAUAGCUUACCAUGCUCCCACACCAAAUAUGUUCUGAUUUUCCUUACCAGACUUAUAUCUCUUUCGAUACUUUGGAUUUUACUGGCAAUAGUAAUAAUAGUAAUAAUAAAGUUCAGAACAAACU